AAUCCAACCCCGUCGAAGAUAUUUUGUUAUCUUUACACUAAUGUAAUCUUCUUUGUAUACAGACAAGUUAUUCCAAGGACUAUUUGGUUCUCUGUCCAGUUGUACACGGCGGUAUUAAUAUUUGCGUUUGAAUACAUGACCAUCAUACACACAGUCAGUUCCAGCCCUGUGCUGCAGCAGCCGUAGUGAUAAAUCACCUCGUACACUAUAAAGUCAGUUACUGUAUACCUGUGAUAAUUCUGCUCGCAACUCAACCUGCGAAGACUACACUAGACACGCUCCAUCCAAGAUGGACUACGAGAAACUGGGAUGCCUUCACGACGUCUUCAGGAGGCAGGCUAAGAGCUCCCCGGAUAACGUCGCUAUAGUAACGGAUGAUGGGCAGACGUUGACAUACAAGGAGCUGGAUGAUGUAACGGACGUCUUAGCGACCCAUCUUAGUGGGAAGGGCGUUGUGGGUGACUCGAUGGUGGGGAUUUAUCUGGAGAAGUGUAUUGCGUAUCCAGUUGCUUACAUAGCGAUUCUCAAAGCAGGAGGAGCGUACUUGCCUCUUGACAUCUCCUAUCCCCAGGCUCUACUUGAGGACAUCUUAGAAGAUGCUAAACCAGUCUCUGUUAUCAGCUUCAAGGAGCUUCAACCAAGACUUCAUGGAGCAAGAGACGUGACGAUACUAGAUGGAGAUUGGUACGAGAGAAUCAAAGCAGACAAUGCUACUCGAGGUCUUGAUGUCUCAAUGUGCGCCAAGGUCAAUCUGGAUAAUUUAGCAUUCGUAGCUUACUCAUCUGGAACCACUGGAAAACCAAAAGGAAUUAUGUGUCUCCACCGUGCAGCGGUAUUCUCUUAUCACUGGCGUCAUGUCAAUUACCCAUUCCAAGAUGGAGACAGGAUUGCUUGUCACGUGUUCUUCGUCUGGGAAAUGAUGAGACCAUUGCUUAAAGGAUAUCCAAUUUACAUCAUCCCUGAUCACGUGAUCUACGACCCCGCCCUUCUUCUCUCGUUUCUGGAGAGACAUUCUAUAACCAGAAUGUUGUUCACGCCCUCUCUGUUGGAUACCGUGUUUGAGACUGAAGACUUGGACAUCGCAAAAGCCCUGAAAGCCUUCAGGCUGAUCAUUUUGUGUGGUGAGGUAGUGACAGUCAGUUUAAUGGAUAGAAUCGCAAAGACGCUACCUGAGGUAACAGUCAUGAAUCUGUACAGCGUGUCUGAGACCCAUGAUGUUGCAGUCGCUAAUCUUAACCAAGAGAUGAAGAAAAUCAAGGAAUCGGGGACAAAGGGAAAGACUCAGAAGUUUUGUCCCGUCGGUAAACUUCUACCUGGUAUGCACGUCAUCAUACUGAAUGACGAUAUGGAAGUUCAGCCAGUUGGUUCACCAGGCGAGAUAUUUGUUGGAGGUGCUGGUCUAGCUCGUGGUUAUCUCAACCGACCAGAGAUGAAUGCCAAGAGAUUUAUCCCCCGCCCUGCCAAUGUACCCGAGUAUGUGGGAGCGAGGUUGUACCGAUCAGGUGAUUGGGGAUAUCUAUUGUCUGAUGGGAAUCUGGAGAUAUGUGGACGAUGUGAUACUAUGGUGAAGAUCAGAGGAUACAGCAUAGAGAUACAGGCCGUCGAAGCAGCUCUUUUAGCCCUACCCCUCGUCAAUGCCUGUGCAGUCUUAGUCAAAGGAGCAGAGGGUGAAGAUAAAUACCUCGUUGCUUACAUCGUACCAGCGGAGCAAGUCAUCACCAAGAAAGACAUACGGGCAGCAUUGAAGACCAGGAUACCAGGGUUCAUGGUUCCCGCUCAUAUGGUGUUCCUAGCAAGCAUGCCACUCUUACCUGCCUCCGGUAAACUAGACAAGAAAGCUCUUCCUGAGUAUGAUCCAAGCAGUGACAAUACUGGGCCAUUGAAUGGAGAUCAAGGCAAACCAUCUACCGAAACAGAGGUCAAGAUUGCCGGCAUGUGGAGAGAGAUGCUAAGACUGGAGUAUGUGGAUGCUCAAGAAAGCUUCUUCGAUCUUGGAGGUCACUCCUUGCUGGCAGCUCGUCUUCUAACUCAAAUCAAAGAAGGCUUCGGUGUCGAGAUGACCGUUCGAGAGCUAUUCAUUCACUCUACAGUAACUCAGAUGUCGUCUCUCAUUGAUUCAAAGGCAAGAGGAAACGAAACGGACAAAAGUUCACAACUUGUAUUGGAUCUCCACCAGGAAGUGGAGCAACACGAUCAAGGUAUCGUGAGCAUCGAUAUGCAAUUACGAGCCUUUUGGCGCUCCAUAACUUAUGGUGAUCGAUGGCGUGCCGGUAGGGUCCUGCUAACAGGCGCUACAGGUUUCCUUGGCGUUUAUAUAUUGAGGGAUCUCUUGAGCAGCACACAAAACCACGUGUACUGUCUCGUGAAAGAAGCCCCGGAUCAGAGUGGCAAAGAACGACUGCUUCAAACGAUGAAACAGUACGGAAUGGUUGACAGUACAGGUGGUGGACCUGACGAAACCACACAGGAGUGUGAUUUACUCGGCGAGUUUAACAAGAGAGUUACGGCGAUAACAGGUGAUGUGUCUCUGAUCAAGCUCGGCAUGAUGGAAGAAGAUUACACUUAUCUUUCGUUUGAGGUUGAUAGCGUAAUCCACGCCGCUGCUUAUGUGAAUUUAGUCUACCCGUAUGAGGCGCUGAGAGGAGCCAAUGUGAUUGGUACGCAGAAUGUCGUCCUCUUCGCAUGCACCAAUAAAAUCAAACCAUUGCAUUACGUCAGCACAAACUCAGUCUUUCCAGUUGAUGUCAAGCAAUGUAGCGAAAAUGCUGAUAUGUCUACACACAGUGAUCAACUUAGCGACGGGUACAGCCAGAGUAAAUGGGUCAGUGAGCAGCUGGUUCAACGAGCUAAGUCCAGGGGCUUACCAGUCGUCAUAUACCGCCUUGGUAACCUUUCUGGUGACUCUAAGACGUCCAGUUGGAAUCCAUCGGACUCCAAUCUUCUGACUCUACAAGGGUGUUUCCGGACCCUCUCAGCACCCGAUGUCAACUGGAUGGUAGAGAUGACACCGGUGGACUUCUCCAGUCAGAUCAUUGUCAAAGUCAGCCAGAAUCUAAUGCUUGGGGUCGGGAAGGUCUUCCACCUUGUACAUCCACAACCUCUACACUGCAGGACUUUGUUUCAGUGGGCAAGAGACUUGGGCUACCCAUUUCGAAUGAUGCCCUUUUACGAAUGGAGUAAUGAGCUGAAGGAGUUACAACGUGGUACAGACGAAGGGGAUUCGCUAUUGGCCAGCAAGCUCGAGAAUAUCGUCAGAAACGAGUCCUUUUUCUUGGAGCAUUCUUCCUUCAGUCAAGAUAACCUGAAGACGUUACUUCAAAAUAUCAACAUGUCAUACCCGCUACUUAACAAACAUCUUGUCAGUGGUUAUCUCUUACAACUCCUUGAGAAGAAGAUCCUGAAACCGCCCAAGAUCGCAGCUUCACUUUGUCAAGACAAACCUCUACAGGGCAAAGUGGCGAUUAUUACCGGCGGAUCAAAUGGCAUCGGACUCGGUAUCGCCAAGUGUCUGGUGCAAGCCGGGGCAUCGGUCGCCCUGGCCGCAAGACGGCAAGAUAAACUCGAUGAAGCUAAAAGGACGAUCGAAGCGAUUGGCGGUAGGGUUAUAACCGUCAAAACUGAUGUGUGUGUUCGGCAACAGGUUAAAGAUCUCGUAGCGAAGACCGAGGCAGAAUUGGGUCCAGUGGAUAUACUAGUUAAUAAUGCAGGCGUCAUGUACUACACGUCAAUGAUAAGCUUAUUGGAAGAUGAAUGGGAGAGAACGGUGGACGUCAACUGCAAGGGAGUUCUCAACGGUAUUGGUGCCGUUCUGAAGGGAAUGGUCGCAAGGGGCAAAGGUCAUAUUGUCAAUACAUCAUCAAAUGCCGGUCGAGUUGCCUUUCCAGGAAUUGCCGUGUACAGUGGAACUAAAUUCUUUGUGGAAGGUAUGACGUCAGCUCUUAGAAAGGAGAUCAUUGGGACGGGCGUAAGAGUGACUAACGUACAACCGGGAGAUGUGACGUCACAUAUUGGGGUCGUUGACGUUGAUCCGGAGGCGACGAAGAAAUAUAAGACCCCGGAAGUAGAGAAGUAUCUCUCUCCAGACGACAUUGGAAGAGCAGUGGUCUACGCAGUAACUCAACCUAUUGGUGUAUCAGUCAAUGAGAUUCUAAUUGAACCAACGGACUAUCCGAUAUAAAUCUAACAAACAUUCUACAUGAACCAAGGUUGUUGAUUCGAUUCCCACCUGAGUAAUAUGCCUGUGAUAUCUGUGAUUGGGUUCAUAGAACUCGGGGAAAGUACUGAGUAUACAGUGCCAACUAAACAUCGGUGAAGGGUAACACCAAAAUUAAUUAUAGUUCUACAUGAGUCAUGUCUCAUUUGAAUUGUUUACUUGUGGGAAUCUUGUAUUAUGAUUUUUUAUUUUACAUAUUUUGAACAAAAAACCUCUCUUGAACUCUGUCAGCUUCUUUUUCAGUCCAUUUGGCCAUGGUUUCUACCGUGUUUCUUUUACGGUUAUGACUUAUGCACGUACUAACAAUCCCCAAAACCAAUCCGAUCCCAAAACCCUUCAAAUUCCAACAGCGUCAUGGAUUGAGGACUGUCUAUUGUAAACUCAUUAUUAUUGUGUGAACCAAAAACUCCCGUUAGACUCGGCCAGUCUCUUGUUCAGUCCAUCUGGACCUGGGCCCAAUUUUAUAGAGCUGCUUAAGCAGAAAGUUUUGCUUAAGCGAAAAAAACCUUGCUUAGU